GUCUACGUUGAUUUUACAAGCAGUUGUGUUUAAUCCUUCUUAGACGUCUUGAGGCUCAAAUGUAAGCUGCAGCACUGCAGGUUUUGACACAUCUCCAGACAAGGAAUCUUGAUUUUAAUAAGGAAGUAUGGAGUACCCGGUGGAUUCCAUAUCUGACGGUUCACUGGAGUACAUUUUUACCACACAUGUGACGCACCCAGAACUAUUUUUUGUGCACAUUGAAAGUCGCUCAACCAUUCUUGAUGACAUAACCAACAGCCUAGAGAAGCGAUACAGAGACAUCAAUGAGGAUGAGAAGUGCCUUAGAUCCACCAAACUUGGAGCUCUUUGUGCUGCAAGAUAUACUGAUGAUAACAACUGGUAUCGAGCUAAGAUUACAGGUGUCAUGCAAAAUGGGCUGAUAGAAGUCCGUUUUGUUGAUUAUGGCAAUACAGAUUAUUUGGAAAGAGAGCGCAUCAAAGAAUUGGAUCCUGCUCUUGUGCAAUACCCAGUGCAGUCAUACAGGUGUGCUCUUGCAGGUGUAACCAGUGAACAGGGAUAUUGGCCUCCAGAGUUGAUGGUUCAGUUUGAGGAUAUUGUGAUUGACAAAAAAUGCAAAGCAAUAUUUCGGGGGAAAAGAGAGAGAGAUGAUGUCUUCCUGGUGGACAUGUAUGAUGGAGAAGGACAGAGUCUCAAUCAAAUGUUUGGAGCCCCCAAUGUUCAAGGAGACACAGGGAGUGGACUGAAGGUAUCAGUUGGUCAGUCAUCUGGUGGAGCUGGCUUCAAGAGCGCAGAAUGGCAACUUGGCUACAAGACAGAAGGAACAGUUGUCUUUGUCAGAGAUCCUGGCUUAUUUUGGUGUCAAGAGCUCAAAUACAGUAAUGAUAUUGUGGAGCUGUCUGAAGAAUUGUCACGACGUCACAUGACCCAAGAGCUGAGGCCUCUGCAAAAAGUAGUUCCUGGGGCUAUAUGCGCAGCUAAAUUCCACGAAGAUGAAUCUUGGUACCGAGGAGUCGUCAAGAGUGUUUCGCAGACAGCUGCAAGUGUCUACUUUGUUGAUUAUGGAAACACAGAAAGUGUAGAUCUGGCUUCUAUUUGUGACUUGAGUAAUGACAAACGAGAGUUGCCUGCCUUAGCUGUGAAAUGCAGUUUAGCCAAUCUUGAUAAUGGCGGCCGUGGAUGGGGAGAUGAUGUCAUUGAAGAGUUUGAAAAACUAGUCGUUGACAGAGAAUUUGAAGUGAAGACGGUGGGGAAAAACCAAGAUACCCAUCUGAUCUCUCUGUUGGAUAUAGAGGAAAACAAGGAUAUUGUAUCUCUCUUGAAGCCGGUAGUCCAGAAGUCUGCAGGUGCCAAGUCAACUACUCCACCAAAGCAUUUAAACAACAACAACAGUAACAGUCCUAGCGACAUGCCUGGUUAUAUUGAAAAAAGUCCCACAGUCCUAACAUCUAAGGAAUCAGGUCCUGUUUUGCCUGAGGGAGCAACUGCAGAAACAUUCCUGAGCUGGAUAGUAAACCCAGGGGACUUUUGGGUACAGCGAGCUGAUUCUUCAUCUCUUCUUGAGAAACUGUCCAACGAGAUACAAGAGUAUUACUCACAGCCACGACCUGCUGCAAUCUCUGCUCCGGGAGCAUUUGUCGUUGCAAGGUUCUCAGAGGAUCAGCAGUGGUACAGGGGGUUAGUUCUGAAGGAGUCUGAGGACAUGGUUAGAGUGUUGUUCAUCGACUAUGGUAACUCUGAUCUUAUCCCUAAGUCAGAGCUCCGCCAAGUGACCCCUCAGCUCGGCACCGUCUUCCCUCUGGCAUUCCGCUGCACCUUGUGGGGAGUCCGGCCGCUCCGAAACGACAACACAUGGUCGGUGGAUGCCAAGGAUUUCCUGGAGAAGUUGACGGAGAAUGGUUGUCAGUGCAAGGUUGUUGGAGAGUCAGAGAAUCACAAGUUUGUGCAGCUUUCUGUGAAUGGUAAAGACGUGGGACAGGAACUUAUUUCACUGGCAGUCGUUGCUGAUGCAACUGGCCAGGCCGCUGAGACCAAGAAUCAGCUGCCCAUGUUUCCAUAUAAUGUCACCGUUCAGAAAGGACAGUCGGAAGUUGUCACUGUCACCCAUGUGGACUCUCCCCAGAGUUUCUGGUGUCAGCUCAAGAAAAACAAUGCAAAACUGGAUGCUUUGAUGGACAAGCUGGAUGCACAUUAUUCUGAUGCAGGAGGCACUCCAGUCUCGCGACCAGCUGUAGGCCAAGCGUGCAUUGCACAGUAUAGUGAAGACGAUGCAUGGUACAGAGCUAGUGUUUUGAGCACUUCCUCACAGGCCUGCGACGUGCAUUUUAUUGAUUAUGGAAACGUGGAGACUGUCUCACACCACGUGGUCUGCAUGCCAGAACCAAGGUUCCUUGACGUCCCCACACAAGCUGUUCAGUGCUCCUUGCCAAUUGCUGGAGAGUCUGCCCACCUGACCCGGGCAUUGACAGACCUCACACUUGAGAAAGAGUUGACAUUCAAGGUGUUACAGAUGCAGGGAGACCUUGCCGUUGUUGAACUUUAUGCAGGUGACAUACCCAUCUCAACAAUGCUGAAAUCUACAGAAACUCAGCUGUCUUCAAGAGCCCCCACCUUGAUCCCUGCCCCCAGAGUUCCUGUUGGAUCCACUAUACAGGCUUAUACAAGUGUGAUAGAUUCCCCUGACAAAUUUUUCCUUCAGAAGGCUGGAAUCGAUGAGGAGCUUGGAAGUCUCAUGGACAGCAUUACUGUCAAGUAUGUGUCAGAUUCUGAGCCAUGUAUAGCAUCCCCAGCAGUGGGACAGUAUUGUGUGGCUCUGUAUUCAGAAGACAGCCAGUGGUACAGGGGGAAGAUUGUCUCUGUCCAGCGUGAUCAGUGCACAGUGCUGUUUGUUGAUUACGGCAAUGAGGAAAGCAUCAGUUUAAACAAUGUGAAGCAGCUGACCCCUGAAAUAGCUAGAGUGCCAAUUAUGGCAUAUCAGUGUACACUGGAUGGCGUUAAGGAGAGUUCAUGGUCGGAGGCAGCGAAAGAGUAUUUUGAAUCUCUGCUUAUGGAUCAAGAGCUGUUCUGUACAUUUGUGACAGCCAGCUCUGUGAAAAUACAGCGUGACGGUCAGGAUGUAGUGAGUCAGCUUGUCAGUGCCGGACAUGUACAAUCACCCCAAAGCCCUCUUCCAAUUGGCAGUUGGGCCGACCAGAAAGUGAGUCCUGGGAAUGAUGGGGGUUGGGGUGAGUUGGAGACAACUGAUGGGUCUGCGGGUGGCUUUGGUGGUGCUUCCAGGGGGUUUGGAGGUGGUGAGAGGUCUUCCGGCUUUGGCAAGAGUCCGAGGAAAAAUGAUCUUGAUCGUGGAUUUGAUGAUCAGCGAAGAGGUGGAGGUGAUCGAGGUUUUGGUGGUCGCCGUGGAGGGGACAGUGAUGGUCGCCGUGGAGGGGACAGUGAUGGUGGGAGUGGCUUUGGAGGAGGGAGAGACAGAGGAUUUGGAGGGAAUAAGGAUGGGGGUGCUGGCUUUGGUGGAGGACGACGUGGAGAUAGAGAGGGGGGAAGUGGAUUAGGGGACAGGGAUUCUGGUGGAUUUGGGAGAAGAGAACGGAAACCCAGCUCUGAUUCCAGUACAAGUGGUGCUGAUAACACAACAUUCACAUAUCCAGACCCACCUGCGGAGUCGGAGAGUGCAUUGUUGGUGCAUAUGGACGAAGAUGGCACGUUUUAUCUUCAGUUGCCCUCUAUGGAAAGAGACAUCUUGUUUUUGUCAAAACGCCUUGCUGGCAGCUAUAAAGGUGGCGGAGGACCUAGGCUCAAGGAGACUGCCAUGAAAGGAACUGUGUGCUGUGGCAAGUUUCCAGAUGAUGGAAGUAUGUAUCGCUGCCUGGUGGAAGAGGCUGACGGCAACAAGAUAUUUGUAAGAUACGUUGAUUACGGGAACACUGCACAGUGUAGUCCAUAUGACUUGAAGUUUCUGUUUCCAGAUUUGUUGCAGUACCCGGUGCAAGCCUUCCCCUGCAAGUUGAGGGGACUUUCGUGGUCUGUUGAUCAAGCAGAGAAAUUUGCCUCAGCCACUCUGGACAAAGAUUUGGAAGUGACUUUCACUACUAACGUAAGACCAUAUGAAGUUGACAUUAAGACUCCUGACGGAGAUUUGCUAAGCAUCAUGACGGGAAAGAUUGCUCCACCAGCCCCGAAACUCUCUCCAAAGCCGUCUGGGUUUGGCACAGGAGGAUCAAAGUCUCCCAGAAGUGGAUUUGGCACCAGCACUCCGAAGAAACUAGAUUCAAGUGCUGGUAAAUCUUUGAAUGUUAACAGUUCUCCCCCACAGCCAAAAGUUGUUGUCCCCAAGCAAGAGUUCCUUUUGCAAACUCCUCCUCAGGGUGAAAACACAGCUUUCAUUUCUCACAUAGGAAAUGAUGGCUUCUUUUUCAUUCAGCUAGAAAGUGACACAGAGGCUCUAGAAGCCAUGAGCGAACAACUUCUCUCUCUGCAGAUAAAGGAAAAGCAUCCAAAUCUAGUAGUAGGAGCAUCUUGUGCUGCUGUGUUCUCCGAGGAUUCAUCUUGGUACAGAGCUGUUGUAUCUAAGUCAGACGGAACACAGUUGAGUGUUACUUUUGUCGACUAUGGAAAUGGAGAUACAGUGGCAUCUUCAGGUGUGAAACCUCUUACCUCAGAACUGUUGACACAAGCACCUAUGGCCUACCAAUGCCAAUUCCUUGAUGUGGGGCCUCUCUCUGCCGAAAGUCAGAGCAAACUUUCAGAGUACUUAAUAGAACAUCAGGUUACGGUGAAGUUUCUCAACACCACUGCACCCUUCAACAUCUCAGCUACCGCAGCAGAUGGUCAAGACCUGCAGGAAGUGGUCUGCCCAUCCAACAACUAUAGAUGCCCACUCAUUCCCAAGGAGGUGACACCUGCUGGUGUCAGCCACAUAGAAGAUGAUGGACGCUUUUUCAUUCAACUUUUCAAGAAUUAUAAAGAACUUCAGGAAAUUUCUGGAAGUGUUUCGAAGGCAAAUGAAUCAAACAGUCUAGUAAAGCUUGAGCCAUGUGAAGAAGGUGUGCCAUGUUGCUUUUCAACAGAAGAUGGAACCUGGUAUAGAGGCAAAGUACAGCAAGUUGCACAGGAAUCAGCUAGUGUAUUCUGUGUUGAUUAUGGAUUUGUAAAAACUGUUGAUGUUUGUGAUCUGAAGUCGUCCCAGCCUGAGCUGUUGAGGAGGCCACCUCUUGCUAUAGAGUGCCGGCUGAAGGGAGUUGAGAAUUGGACAGAGGAUCUGCGUGCCAAGUUUACCGAGAUGACCCAGGACAAAGUAUUAAACACAACGUUUUUCACCCCUGAGCAACCGUGUCGAGUCUCGCUGGCCCGCAGCAUCGAGCUGGACCUACUGGGACUGAAUGCUCCGGUCCCUGACAGUCCGACCAAGUCUUCACCCGAGAAGGAGCAAACCGUGGCGGGUGCAGUGGAGAGCAAAGAUGAAAGCAGUGGAGACAGUGCCUACAUCUCGCACAUAGAUCCUGAUGGCACAUUCUAUGUACAGAUGGUAGCCCAGGAAGAUGCCUUAGCCUCUCUGGCAGACAAGCUGGAAGAGGAGCUGGCAGGCACUGAGAGCUCUAGCUUGAGUGAUGUUGGGGCUGGAAUGAAUCUUUGUGCCAAGUUCUCAGAGGACGACAUGUGGUACAGAGCAGUUGUGGAGCAGAGUACAGAGAAUGGACAGUACUUGGUACGGUUCGUUGACUACGGAAAUACUGACACCCUAGGAAUAGACCGGCUUGCAGCAACACCAGAUGCUGCUAAGUUGUCGGUCACUCCUUCGUUUGCCUCGAAGUGUCGAUUGAGCGGUUUGUCAUCAGGUUUGACUGAAGAUCAGGCUGGUCAGCUGAGAAACCUGGUGGUGGACAGAGAGGUCAAGGUCGAGUUUGUGAGUCAGGACAACCAGAUCCACCUAGUCAGUGUAACCUUGGAUGGGAAAAAUCUACUGGAUUCUCUUGGAUUAAAGCAGUCUAACAAUCCAGAUAAGUCGGAUGAUAGUGACGAAAAAGAUGAGUUCACAGAUGCUGUGGAAGAUCUAGAAACAUCCGCUGCACCUGCAGUUUCAGCCCCCGCUGUUGCUGAUGCAAUGGAAGGGGAAGUGAACAGUGUCCAAAGCAGUGAUGCUCUUGGGACCUGUGAAAGUGUCACCACUGGGCAAAGAGUUGCUGUCACCGUGUCAUAUGUUGACAGCCCUACCAAGUUUUAUCUUCAGCUGGACAGCAAGCGUCCCGAACUGGACACAAUGAUGGACUCCAUGUUUGAUCAUUUCUCUUCACUGCCAGAGGGGGAAGGGACAGUGGAAAGUCUUGAGAUAGGCGAUUUCUGUGCUGCUCUGUAUGAGGAUGAGUCCUGGUACAGGGUCAGUGUGAAGGCUGUCAAUGAGGAUGGGUCAUACCAGGUUUUUUACAUUGACCAUGGAAAUGCGGAGGUGGCUGAUGUCUCUACAUUAAGAACCCUUCCUGAGAACUUCAAAAACCUUUCAUGUUGUUUAUUGGAGGGAACCUUAGGGGGUGUCAUGCCUGCUGGUGAGGACUGGACAGAGGAUGCUGUGGAAGACUUCAGAUCUAUGGUGGAAGAAAAGUCUCUCCUUGCUGACAUUUUGAAAGUUGAUGGCACUGUGUACUCUGUGCACCUACUGGAACUUGGAAUCCCUGUGCAUACUGAGCUGAUUAAAAAAGGGCAUGCUGUAGCAAGUUCUGAAGCAGUGACUAUAAGCACUAAUGUGCGGCAAGUCUUUUCAGAAUCCAACGAGAGUGGCCUUGCUUCAAAGCCUGGCGAUUUGAGUGGCAGUUGCUUGGAAAGCACACACUUGGAAGGUCACGUGGAGACUGCCAAGCAUGCCAUGAUGUCUUCAGGGGCUCAUGCUGAGCAGAAAAUAAGAUGUGUGUCCAAUGAUCUGGUAGAGCUUGAAGAGGUCAGUGUGUUUGUGAGCCACUCUGAAAGCCCAUCAUUGUUUUGGUGCCAGCUCUCUACUGCCACUGAUGUCCUUGACAAUAUUGGCAGCUCUCUUGAAGAUAUCUACACAUCUGGCGGAGAGGUGGACCGACUCACUGGCCGGUUGAAUGCCGGGGAUAUUGUUGUUGCAAUAUUUUCAGAGGAUCAGCAGCCGUAUAGAUCAAAAGUACUUAAAGACUACGAUGAUGAGAAAGUGGCGGUUCGCUUUAUUGACUAUGGUAACGAGAGUGAAACAGCCCGCGAUCAGGUGUUCAAGAUCCGAGAGGAGCUCUGUCAAUUGCCAGCACAAGCUUUCUGGUGCUGCCUGGACAAAGUGAAACCUUUACAAGAGGACUGGUCUCCAAGUGCUUGUGACAGAUUUUCAGAACUUGUAACUGACCAAGAGCUUUCAUUGGAACUGGUGGGGAGGAAUGAGGAUGGAGUCGCUUUGGUGGAGUUGGUGGUGACCGAGUCGGAGAAGUCAGUCUCUUCUGUACUUCUUGAGGAGGACUUUGCUCGGAGCGCUGAUGGUGAUGUGAGCAGGAGGGACAUCUCUGUCAGAGGUGUCAACGUGUCGGAGAUGGAUUCUCUGGAGAUAACGCAGCCUAUCAUGGAGAGCACAGCUGUGGUGGGGAACAGCACACAGAACACGUUGGACACCAUCUCGGUUGAAAAUGCCUUAGAGGGACGGUAUAGGCAAAUUCGUCUCGGUUUACAUGCAGAGUAUGAUGUAGUUGUAUGCAGUGAUGAGGCACCCAAUGUGUUUAGUGUCCAACUGCAGGCCAUGAAAAGCCAAUUUUCGUCCCUAAUGGCAGAAAUUGCUGAACAUGUGGUCUCGGACUCAUUUACUGAAUGCAGUGACUUUGACCCUAAGAGAGAUGAUCCGUGUCUUGUCCAGAACCAAGGAGUAUGGUACAGGGGUCUGGUGUUGUCUCGAGAAGAGGGGAAAUGCAAUGUGAAGUCUGUUGACUGUGGAUGGGAGAGCUCACAGGCCAAAGAGGAUCUGAGACCUCUGUCAAGUCGAUUCCUGGAUCUGCCGGCUCAGGCAAUCUCGUGCUACCUGGCUGGUGUGGUGUCUGUGGAGCCAGAGUGGUGUGCUGAUGCUGUCUCCUUCUUCACAGACUACGUGAAGGACAACAAAGUUUGCAUGUACAUCCUGGAGAAUGCUGACGAUGGCAAGUACGGAGUUUACAUCAGUGAUGUAGACAACAGCAUGUCGCAGUCACUCAACAGAGCUAUGGUGGACCUGGGUUAUGCGGAGGUUGUCCCGGGGUCCAACAUAGAGGUUCAGAUCGAGAUGGAAAAGACUCUUGACACAGACAUGCUGGAUGAAUUAGAAGCUUCAUUCAACGAAAUUAAUGAGCAAAAAGGAAGCGAGUAUGAAAACAGUAAGAAAGAAGCUCAAAAACAGGAUGCUGUUAGUUCUCAAUUGGACACUUAUGAUGAAUGCAGCAUGUACAGUGAUCUUCCCAGUAUUGAUAAGAACAUUUAUCAGCUUGUGCACAUUUCUAACAGUGAAGACAACAGUUGUCGCUUGACAGACAAUGAACUGUUACCUCUGUCUGAGGACACUGACCCCACAGAGCAGGCAGCUGUAAGGACAUCGUUGAGGGAAAGUUUCAGCCUUGCGGUGGCCGUAGAGAGGAUUGAUCAGCAUGGCUGUGAGGAUAUUCCAGCAGACAACGUUCUCCCAACGCUUGAAGAAGUGGAUGAGUCAUUGUCGGGUCCUGUUUCCACAAAUGAAGAAAGUAGCCGGGACAUUUCAUCUGUUGAGAGGACAAAAGUGAAUAUUGAGAGCUGUGCGGAGAAAAGCCCCAAAGUUAAAAUUUUGUACACAUGGAAACAAGAUGCGCUCAAAGGAACAAGCCUUCAGUCUGACAAGGACAAGUUGUCUAGCGCUGAAGAAAGGAAAAGUUUGAUUUCCAAAAGUGUAGAAGGAAAGGAUGUUUCAGACUCGGAUGAGAAGAGUACAGUUCAAGUCCUCAACCCACAGCCAUCGGAAACGCUCGAGUUUGAUAAGGACACUGGGGCAUCAGAACAUGGGAAAUAUAAAGAUGAAAACGAGUGUGGAAGCAGACCAGUUAUUAUUGAGGCAUUACUCCAUGAGAGACCGGCAGUCUUGGAAGAAAGGCUUAUGUCACUAGUGAACGUUGAAGGAGAAAAAGUGAAGGCUGCACAAAGAGAACAGUCUGAAAGCUCCUGUGAAUCUGGAAAUGUUGCCGAUACUGAACCAUGUGAGCAGUCGGUGAAUGCAGUAGCAGAAAAGGAAAUGCUAAGAGUUGAGGGAGAUGUGCACGCUGAAAAUGUAGUCUGUGAAUCUGGACAGUCUGUGAAUGCAGUUACAUUUGGAACAGAGACAGGGGUAGAAAAGGGAGGGAAGUCUGGAGGUGAUGCAGGUAGUGAAUGUGAAGAGUCCAUGAAACCAGAGGUUGCUGCAACUGUAGAAGAGGCAGAAAAAGGAUUGUUGCAGGUUGAGAGGUAUGAAGCUUCGAUGAAGAAAGCUUCUCAUUUAAGAUUCGAUGAUGGUAGUUAUUUAUCUGGUGAGGAGAUUGGCAAGACUUGUGCAAGUAAUGGACAUGAGCUGCCUAUUGAGAGUGAUGGCUUCAAGGAAGACCUUCAGGCUGUUGAAUUGAGUAGUGCUAUGGUUAAAGAGAGAGAUGGUUGUGAGGUAACAGACCCUAGCUUGAAGGAUAAUUUUGAAAAGAGAAAAGUUAUGGAAAGUCAGGGAGAGAGUUUUACACAUUUGUUGGAGGAAGACACAGGGGAGGCCUACAGUUCCAACAUAGACACGGAGAGACUUGACCAAUCAGGAGACAACGAGUAUGAUGGGGAUGUUGAUGACAGAGACAGUGUUCAACUUGGAGAAGAGGCUGACCAAGACAGAGAGGAUGAGGAAGACUUGGACAAAAUGUCGGGUCCUUUGGAAGCGUUCAUGCAUUUUGAACAGGGUGUGGAGAGCGGAGGUAGUGAUGAGGAGACAAAUGAUAAAGUUGAAGAUGUUUCCUUUGAACAUCAAAAUAAUGAUGGGGAGGAGAAUGGCUCUAAUGAAAGUUCUGAAAAGGAAGAAAAUAAACAAAGCAAAAAAGUUGCAAAUGUUGGUUCUGCAGAGUAUGAACAAGAUAAUCAGGAGUCAGUUUCCAAAGCCUGUCUGGAUGAGGAUCAAUUCGCUGGUGUUGAAAAGAACCUGAUUGAGGCUGAUCCUGCAUGCGAGUGUUCUGAUUCUACCUAUUAUCAAAGCGCUGACGAUAACAUGGCAAUGAAGCAAAACGUCGUUGGGAGUGAGGGUUAUGAUGAUGAAGAAGAUGGGGAGUAUGAGAGGUCACAGACAUUAGGGAAUUGUCAAGGGCAAAAUUCUGUUAGCUAUGAAGAGGAGGGAGAACAGGUUGGAGAUGAAAGUUACAUCACUUUGGACCAGACUGGCUAUGAGAGUGGAGAGGAAGUGAAUAAAAUGGGUUAUAAAAUGCAGCACUCAACUGUGGAUGAACUCACCUCCUCGGAGUGGGAGCACUGUCAGGAGGACAUUUCUGGCUGCAGAAGCGAACCAGGCCUCUCAAGUGAUCAAUUUGAAGAUGCUGUGACAGAUGCACAGACAGCAGAAGAGUGCACAUUUCCUGUGCGUAAAAUGGAGUAUUGUGGUUUGCCUAGUGGCGAUGAAGUGUCUUCAAGCGCACCAUUAGAAACUCUUUCAAAUGCAUCAUCAGAUACUCCUUCAAGUGCACCAUCAGAUACUUCUUCAAGUGCACCAUCAGAAAUACCUUCAAAUGCACCAUCAGAAAUUCCAUUAAAUGCACCAUCAGAUACUCCGUCAAAUGUACCAUCACAAACUUCAAGUGUUCUGUCAGAAACGGUAAUUAAAAAUGACAUUGUUAAAAACCAGUCCAAGCAUGAAUGCAUGCUGCUUGCUGAAGCAGAGAGUCAUCAGAAGCCUGAAAAAGAGUCUACGGAGCAUACACAAGCUGGUAAUCAAGCUCGUUCAUCAGAGUUUUUCGGUGAUAAAGGUAGCCCACAAAGUGUUGUUGAAGCUUUGCCCGAACCGUCUGCUUUUGUGUCUUCAUUAGACCACCCAGGGAGCAGCUCAGAGAAGCCUGAUGUUUGCACUUUUGAAACGAACAGUCACCUAGAUGCUGACAAUCUUUAUGAAGAUAGUCAUGCAGGAUUGUCAGGUCAUACAGUCACUUGGCAAAGUGGUGAUGGUGCUGAAGGUCCAAGGAGGUGUACAUUGGAGACAGAGUUUGACACAGGAGUUAGUUUGGUGACCACUCACACUAUCUGUGGCAGUGAUAACUUUGACUCUUCUAAUGGGGUAGCCAAUGAGAGUGGGAGGGUUAACUUUGGCUCUUCAGAGACCAUAUGUGACAUUGGGGGAAUUUCAUUGGUGAGAAGGCAAACAGCUGCUGCUAGUGAGAGCAUUGAGGCCUCUGAGGAGAUACAGAAUAAGAAUGUAGAAGUUACGCCGGUGACAAGUCAUAGUGGUGUUUCUGAGGUUUUAUGCAAAGAUGAAGGAUCUACACAAGUGACAAGUGGAACUAUUGCUGAAAGUCAUAGUAUUGACUCAUCCAAGGCAAAUUGUGAAUUUGAGAAGUCUAAGAUGGAUAAGUGUGACUCCAGAACAAAAGUCUUGACGUCCACACCUGGCCCUGCUGCAAGUGAGUGUAGCACUGAUUCUAAUAGGCUGUCCACCUCCUUUGAUGAGACGUUUGAGGAGUACGAAAGCUGUUCCGAGAACAUCGGAGAAGAAUACUCCGGUCAGGAGGAUGUUGGUGCUGUGACCUUUGACUCGAGCACAGCACAAGACAUUACAGGUGGCUUCACAGACAGUUCUUUGGAUUCAAGGGUUGAGGCGGAUGUCGACAGCAGCAACUAUGACACCUCAAGUCUUGUCUUCACAGACUCAGCUGUGGACUCGAGUGUGUCUGACAUCUCAUCUCUACCUCCCACGGACGCUUCAGCAUUUGACUCCUCAGCUGGGGACUCAUCGGGGCUACACAGAGUCAAAGGUCACAGCUUUUCUGACAGUGUAGGUACCACUAACCCUGCCAAUGAUACCUCAGAAAACACCAGCAGUGAUUCAUCCUUUGUAUUCAGCUUUCACAAAGGUGUUGAUAACUCAUCUUCGUCUUCAACUGUUUUUGAAAGAUCUGACUCAUCAGUGUCUGUGGUGUCUCAGAUGGUGAAAGAAAUAGAACAAAGGGCUCAGGCACAUGGUUUACACGAGCCGUUGACGGAUGAUUCUAUAUCAGAUCUGGAUUUGUCUGACUUUUCUGGCAUAGAUGAGUGCAGUGAAAUUUUCAGUGCCAGCCCCGCCUUGGUAAAUACGAAGAACAGUGGCUUGGAGAAUGAACCAACAAAUGGCGAAGGGAGCACACUGUUGAGUGAUGGUGAGAAAAAAAGACAUUUGUCAACAUCAAACAGGCUCCUUUCCAGGCAAUCGAUCGGUGAGCCAUGUGUGAAGAAAUGGAGUUGUCUAAAAGAUUCUUCUGCCCAGCAAACACACACACGUGACAUUGAUGGUUCUUUACCCUCGGAAAAUGUCCUACAAAAGACAGCGUUGAGGCAGUACUUGCUUCACUGUGCUGCUAUCACUGGCAUGUCCUCUAGGCAGAAGGCAUCAAAUGUAACAUCAUCUCAGCUAAAGUCAGAACAUGCUUCUACUAGUACGUCUGCUCAAGGCAUGGGGACACAUCACAAUGAGUACACAGAAGAUGCGGAUGACGCCUCAGACCCUCCCUCAUUCCAUGAAGAUGCUGACGAAGUUGAAGAGCAAGUAUACAAGGAAAAUAUUGACCAGAAAGAGGACGAAGAAGAAAGUGCUAAAGUGGAGGCUGACAGGGCAAGCGGGAAGGAUGGUGAGGUUGAAGACCGUGAUGUGUCUGCAGGAACUGGAGCUGAGGUUGAGAGCUCAAACUUCAAGGAAGAACUCCCAGCUGGAGAUGAACCUGACGCAGAAGGCUCCGAGCAGUGUGUUUUGGCUGGUGAGGGGCCCUCGUCUUCAGAGGCCUAGUUUUAUCCUGCCACCACUUUAAUUAAAAUAGCAUUUUCAGUUUUCUCUCUGGAAAUUUUUUAUUUCUUCUGUCAUGCACAUGAUUCUGAAGCUUAUUUGAAAUUUACUUACAUGCAAUGAGAAGUAUCUGUAUAGAUUAUUGUUACUUUUGUGACAAUGUAAUCCUUUUUGUCACUCCUUUAAGUUGCUCUCGGUGAGAAUAGUUCGGUUCACUGUUUAUCUCAAUGUUUUGUUGCUGUUUUUUGCUUUUCGUAAAGUUUUGAAAACGCCAGGUGGUAAGUUUUUUUAACAAAUUUUAAUUUUCUCAUAUUUUGUCUUGUGUUGUGAUUUCUAAAAGUUUGAGAACAAAUAAUUGUGUAUCAAGUGCUUGGACAUAUUAAGUGUGCACUCAUACAUUGUUGAACAUUUGUGCAAGUUUUUCAGGAUUGUGGUUUCUCUUGAAAUGAGGGUCCACAUACUUGCUUUUAAGACGUGUUUCAAAGAUACGUUAUGACGUGUAUACUUGUUGAGGUUGUUCUCUUUAUGCUUGUUUUUGUCCAUGUAGAAUUAAAAUUUCUUUGAUAUAUAAACUCCCAAUAAUUCAAGUUAUGCAUUUACAUUUUUUAAAAGAACCUGUCAAAUAGAUUGUGUACGAUACAAGUUGUUUAUAAUCUACCGGAUUUUCCAAAAAGCUGCUCAUGUGAAGAUGGUGUGAGACUGACUCAAGUGUGGCCAGUGCUUUUGUCCUACUUUUGUUACCACCCUCUGUAAGGUGCUCAUCUUUUGUCAGAGACAAUAUUCCAAGUUGCAUUGUAUUAAAAUUACUUUUUUAAUGUUGUAUGGUGCUUUGAUAUUGGUGACUUAAGCCUGUUGAGAUUUCCACAUUUGUGUAUCGUUCAGUUUGAACCAGACGUCUGUCAGACUUGUAGCCUCUCACUUUUUGUACAGUCUGCAGUUUUUCUUCUUAUCUAACAAAAAAUCAGGAAUGUUCACAAAGUUACCCUGACAUUGGGGAUGCGGUCUUUUUCUAGCUUUACACAUAAUUUAAAGGCCUUUGAUUGGUUAUUUCUCUCUGAAUUCCUUUUACUGGAUGAUUUUCUUGGGAUCAUGAAGAAUGAAAGAAAGCAAUGCUUACCUGUUCAGUUUCGAUGUUCAGUUUCAUGCCUUUUUUCUUUUCCGGGGGGGGGGGGGACUUUGCAAUGCUUGCAAUGUCUAUUUUGAAUUUGUUUUCUGUAUUGUCCAAAGUGCUGUUGCACUGCCUAGUAGAGGGGUGAUAUCCUAUUUCAUGGAAACUUCAGGUAAGUUAUAUAUAGAGAUGAAAAGCAGUCUGGUGCUUUUGUGCUGAUGAUAUGGCAAUGAGGUAAUGAAUUUAUCGUCUAAAUCCGGGUAGAAGUGGUUAGGUAUGGCAAGCUUAAUUUUUCAAAUUUUCUUUUGAGCAUUCUAUGUACCUGCAGUCAUGUGUAGUGCAAUAGAAGAUGAGUAGUUUGAGUGGACUGGCUGGUGUGAUAAGUUUGUACGGGUAAGUCACAUGUAGCAGCAAUCAAGGCAGGUGUUUUCUGUGUCACCUUGAAGGGUACUUUCGUUUUCUUGUAUCUUGUGAACAGAUCUGAUUUUGGGUCCCUUAUCAGAAGCUAGAACAGAUGAGGAGUCAAAUAUAACUGACUUUGAUCAAUGAUCUUUUUCUUUCCCCCCACUCGUGUGUUCCCUUUGUGACUAAAAUAUUAACUCGGUGAUUCCUCUUCAAUAGCAUUACAAAUCGACUAAUGCUCAGGGAUGCCACUUUUCCGCCUUUUUCCGGUAUUUUGAUCCUGAUCCGCUAUUCUGUUAUUGAGAUCGAGAUAAAAAUCUAUAGUUGGGGAAAAAAUCCAGGAAUAAAUUUGUGGGAUAAUGCCAUCUUCAAUCCUGUAUGCCUGAAAUAUGCAUGUGAGAGGUAAGAUUCUGUCAUGUUAAGCACAUCUUAUCUAUUUUUCUUUAAAUGUUUGUCAUUUCUUCCUAUGUACACCGUUUGUUUUUGUCUGUAUGUCAUUUCUCUCUAUGUACACCCAUUGCUUAUGUUUGCCAUUUCUCUCUAUGUACACCCUUUGGGUUUCAAAUUGAUUUUCAAAUGUUAACGAGGCCGUGGCGCAUGGAUUUUCAGCUGUUUUCAAAAAAGUUGAGGGGCAUCCCUGAAUGCUAAAAUAACUCUUUCUGUUAUGUUAAUUUUUUAAAGUGAGACAUGUCACUGUGACUUGAUCUUUCUAGUUGGUCAUUGCCUUUGUGUCCGGGGACAUUUAUGUCAAGUGUAUGAUUUUGUCAGUUCAAUCCACCAGUUUAAUUAGAUUGUAUUGAGUUUAUGUGGUGUGUUCUGCUUAGGUUAAGAGGUUAUUCUUGAGUUUAUGUGGUGUGUUCUGCUUAGGUUAAGAGGUUAUUCUCACUUCUGUUGGCCCAGGGUCACAAGUUGGUCAACUGACAUGAUUUUUUAUAUUGAUUUUGUUGUUGUUUCAAAAAAUUUCUGUCGUGAGGAAUGAAUGCUGUAAAACGGGGGUUCUUUUGGGUGUGUGUUUUGUUGGGUUUUUUCCCCAAAAGUUGAGGUUAUUGCUUUAAGAAAAACUUUUGAAUUCACCCCU